GUUGACGUGUAAAUAGGUUUACAAAACGUAUUCUUUAGUCCACGACAUAUUUGAGAGGCACCAUGCACUUUUUCAUACUAUUGCUAGUGGCCUCGCUCCUAGCACUUGCCCAAGCCAAGGACUACUACAAAAUCUUGGAUAUUGGGAAAGAUGCUGAUGAUAAAACCGUCAAGCUGGCGUAUCGACGUUUGAGUAAGUUAUACCACCCAGAUAAAAAUCCGAGUGAAGAAGCCCACGAGAGAUUCAUUGAGGUAGGAGAAGCAUAUGAUGUCUUAUCGGAUCCCCAGAAAAAGAAGAACUAUGACACGUAUGGAGACCCUAAUGCCCAACCUGAUAAUCGGAUUGAUUUGGGAGACCUUUUCAGCCAAUUUUUUGGAGGAGGAGGUGGUGGUGGUGGCCCCAUGGGUGGUAGAGGUGGAGGAGGCAAUGCCAGAAGAGUCCGUAAGGGCGAAAACAAGUUGGCGGCGGUCGAUGUUCCUUUGAAAGACUUUUACACGGGGAUUGACUUGAACUUCUCACUCCAAAUGAAGGCCAUUUGUUCAGGGUGUGAAGGCAGUGGAUCCAAGGAUAAACAGAGACACCCAUGUACCAAGUGUGGAGGGCAAGGAAUCGUACAGAUGAGACGUCAACUUGGGCCUGGAAUGAUCCAGACAUUUCAGGUGCAAUGCGAUGAGUGUGGAGGAAAAGGUACCGUAAUUAAGCAUAAAUGUUCACGGUGUCAUGGAGCUGGGGUGGAGGACGUCAAGAAGGAUUUUUCUAUAUACUUGCCAGCCGGAUUGGAAAGAAACCAUCACAGUGUAAUCGAGGGAGAAGGAGAUGAAAACCCCGAUUGGACCCCCGGAGACGUGAUUGUGAAUAUCCAGGAAGACUUCAAGGAUACCUGGGGAUACCGCCGUGUGGGUCAUAAUUUAUACCGAACCGAAGUGUUGACGCUUGCAGAGGCCCUUGAAGGGAAUUGGAGCCGCACCAUACCAUUUUUUGACCCUGUAGACCCGGAAAUCCAUCUUCUGAGACAUCCUCAGCAAGUGGUUGUGAACAACGAGGUUGAGGUAAUUAAAGGCAGAGGAAUGCCGUUCGUGGAUGAUGAUGAUAGUCAUGGUGACCUUUUCAUUGAGUAUAAGAUUCUAGUUCCCGAGACCCCCGGAGCCCCCGAACCCCGAUUUGCAACCGAAAUUGCCAAGGACGAACUAUAAGCGAGAUCCCCACUGGUUAGCGACCAUUUGGCAGUUUUAAUCAUCCUGCACCAUAAUGCAGCAUAAAUGCAUUGUUGGUUAGGGAACUCCAUUCAUUGCCGAGAUUAACCCCCCAGCAAUACGACAAGAGUUUUCUUUUUUGCUCUUUUGCCUUUACGUGGGGAAGCCCAAAAAAAACCCUUCCCCAUUUUCACCACAUAAAUUAGAGGCGGCUUGGCCCACUCUAGCAACACAUUUUUUGCCAGACAUAUAUAAACACUAAUCUGCCAUAUAUACUCAUCCCCAUAAUAUAUAUGUCUUACUAUACACUAAGUAAGUCUCAUCUAGAGACGAUAAACCUAAAACUAACCAACUAUCAAUGUGGUGAUCCUGACCAUAGGCCUGAGCUUAAGCUCCACCAGACCCAUCACCAACAAAAUGACUCUCCCACAUUUGGAGAACUCAAACACAUGAUCCCGUUAAUCUUUGUUAACAGGAGAUCUUUGUCGGACUACUUCAAUCAGGAGUUGUUCUUUGCCCACAACCUAGCCACGUUAGCAGAAAACUUCGACCCAUUGAUGAUCCGAGCCCGAGCCCCGGACCUUGCAGAAGCUGCUAUGAUUGAACUUCAGACCCUAAAUUUCCACAUCAACGAGAUGUUGCUGGUGAUAGAAGGGGCCCUUGAUGCCUUGGGGGAAAGCUACCAGGCAACGUUACACUCGAUGAAGUUGCAAAUUCUUUCCAAUGUGAAACAUUAUAAGCAGUUGAACAACUCGCGAGUGAUGAUAAAUGGGUUGGUGAACAUGAAGCUUGGAUUCCAGGACUUUAUCGGCAAGCUAACGCAUUUGGACGAGAACAUCAUGGAGAUUAUCGAGCGGGUCCAGGACUGGAACGAAGGGAAGUAUAAUGGAAAAAACGAUGGUGAUGAUAAUGAUAAUGAUAAUGAUAAUGAUAAUGAUAACGACCACACCUUUGACUCUGGAUUAAGAAACACCAUAUUCAUCAUCAAUGGCAACUUGGCCGCAUGCUCCAGUCACCGGUUCGACCAGUUGGUGAACCAGACCGUGUGCAUUUUUGAUGAAUACAUCAACCAUUUCUUCAGUGUUGAGGGAAAAGACAAUGAGUGCUUUGAGUAUGAGAUUGUGCUGCUUGAAGACCACCUCAAAAGCGCCCUUGAUCUAUUCUAAUUUCUUCUUUGUAAUUGUAGUUUUGGUGUUUAGAAGCUGUAAUAUGAUAAUGAGCAACCCAACCGCUAAACUCACACUAGUGAUGAGCCCCACCAAUUCAAAAUCCUUAUUGGGCACGGGAAUGUCCACUUGUAAUUUGGCAUUGGUAAUAGACU